AUAAGAAUAAGAUUUUAAAACUUUAUACGAAAAAUUGUAAAAAUGCGAAUAAUAGCAAGUAAAAUAAUUUUUACGUGUUUUUUAAUCCCCGCAACUAAUCUUCAACUUCUUAUAAAUGUUAGGAAUCAGGGUGGCGACGUUAUGCAGGAGAAUAUAACGGCGAACGUCUCCGAAGACACUAUUACAUUAGAGUUCAUGCGACUGGAUGGAGUAUAUGUAUCGCAACUUGUUGAUUUUACAAAUGAAGUGGAAGCAAUGAAGCUGAUAUUGCCAGGUGAAGAGGAAUUAGGCCAGAGUGGGCAUCAGACCCUGUGUUUCCUCACACAUGCUGCACAGGCAGAUUUUAUUACUCCCGAUGCUAUGGCGAAGCUGAGACAGAAAAACCCUGGCACAGUUCGAAUGGCGGAAGAAGAUAAAGGCUGGCGACAGACAACCGCGACCGCCUGGGCGGGCAGGGCCGCGCGGCUGCUGUCUCCCGCCGCCGCCCGACACUGUGGCCCCGCCCGGGACCAGCUCUACCUGCGAGCCGCGGACUUGGCGCGAUGGGCGCCCAGACCAGGCUUAGAGCAAUCAUCAUACACGUCAGUGGUGACUCCAUUCCCUGCACACGCCCUCGCUUCAGACGUAUCAGAGGGCACUCCUCUAGCGGCCUGCGUGUCCGAACCUGAUCCCGCUAAAGACUGUAUAUGCCAUUUGGAGGUAUGCGUAAAUUGGUAUCCUUGUGGUUUGAAAUACUGCAAAGGUAAGCCCCAGGGAGGGUUGAGUUACCGCUGCGGCAUCAAGACGUGUCACCGCUGCCACCGCUACCGCCACUACGUGCGGCGCCGCGACGCCUGCCCCACCCGCGCCUGACGGCGGAGGCGGUCGCCGCGCGACGCCCUGCUCUGUAUCAUGUGGAAACUUUAUGUAUCAGACAAUAUCUCUAUUUUAAGUAUCAUGUAAAUAUUUUGCUAUGUGUUUUUAUGUUAAGAGUAAAUGGACUGUUUUUGCCAGUUUUA